GACUCUGCGGCCUCUGCGAAGGACUACCUGGAACAGAACGGAUUGCUGAAGUACGUCCAGUCUCUGCUCCAUGCUGUCAUCCAGGACAAGCCCCAGGAUCCGUUCGCAUACAUGAUCGAGCAGCUGACAGCAGCCAAGAGCAAGUCCGAAGCCUGUGCGAGGGUCCUUUCCCGACCGACCAGUGCAGUGCACCGAAGCCGCCCCACAAGUGCCAUGCGGCCUGCGUCUGCACAGAUUCGAGCAACACCGCCGCUUUCGCAGCCGCUGCUCGAGGCACCGGCGCCUGAAGAGGAGCCACCGGCUUUGCCGGCUGGGCAGAUGGCGGCAGCGCCAGCUUUCUCAGAAGCCCGGAAGGAGGAAGCAGAAAGCUCGCGAGCUGCACCUCCCACUUCGGUACAACGAGAGGCAGAACACCUUGUAGCUGGGGAGGCCGUGCCAGAACAGGCUUCUGCUGCAAAGCUUCGACAAAGCCAGGAGGACUUUGGCACCCAGGCACAAGAUGCCGAGGACCCGGCCGCAGCAAUACAGAGGCAACGGCUGGAAGAGUUGGACCAAAGUGCGGAUGUGAAGCAGUCUAUCCUCAAGGCCCUCGCGGAUGCUUCGGAGUCUGGCGAUUUGGGUGUG